GUACUGUUGAUAAUAAACGGAUAGAGUGCUGUCUCUGUCUCCUAAUAAUGAACAGUCUAAUCUAUCUUCAGUCGUAUAGAAUUCUUUUCAUGAAAUAGUGGCCGCAGCCCUUACCAAUUAUGUGCGAAUUACUGUUAUUUUUGAGGUUGAGGAUUACUUGCAGAAGGGUAUGUUGUGACUUGUGAUUCUGAUUCUAACAGAGGAUGUUCAUGGCCUUUUUUUCUCCUCCUCCUCCUCCAUGUCAUUUUCCACCGAUGUCUGCUAAUUUUUCUGCCAAAACCAGUUUCAUCCAAAGGCCUUGUCUCUCUUUAAUCUCCAGGAGAAGUUUGUUUUUUCUGUUAUCCACAAAGGCAACUGAUAAUGGUGUAGGUGUGGUGGUUUCUGCUGAUGUUGUAAGGGAGGAGAGAGCGGUGAAGGGAGAUGCUUCUGCUACUGGUUAUGAGCAGAAGUUGGAGAACGAAGGUGGUUGUCUUGGGUCGAAUUGUGCCAUUAAGGUUUUGUCCAAAAUCGAGGAUUCGAGAUGGGCCGAAGGGAAUUGGUCUUUGAAACCAUUUGUGAAGGAUGGGAAGACCAAUUUGGGUGCCAUUAAUGAUGCAGAAUGUUCAUGGGCACACUCAGUUGACCAUGAUGUUGAAAAUGACAAGAAGCCACUGAGAUGGGUGUAUUCUUUCUCCACUGGAGCAACAGCAUGGUUGAGUUCGGCACAAUUAGCUCAUUCAAGUGCAGAGAUAAGAUUGAAUAUGGUUUAUGAGACUGGAGAACUAUUUGAAUUAGGAAUUCAGCUAUCUUACCUGCUUUUACUAUUAGGUUUGCUUGGGGUUGGUACCUUCUUUGUGAUUCGCCAAGUCCUUGUUCGUCGAGAGCUCGACCUUUCUGCUAAAGAGUUGCAGGAGCAGGUUCGAAGUGGUGAUGCUAGUGCUACCGAGUUCUUUGAACUUGGUGCUGUCAUGCUUAGAAGGAAGUUCUAUCCUGCUGCGACAAAAUACUUGCUGCAGGCUAUUGAGAGAUGGGAUGGAGAUGAUCAAGAUCUUGCACAGGUUUACAAUGCCCUUGGUGUAAGCUAUGUUCGCGAUGGAAAGCUUGAAAAGGGUAUAACUCAGUUUGAGAAUGCUGUGAAGCUUCAACCAGGGUAUGUAACAGCUUGGAAUAACCUUGGUGAUGCCUAUGAAAAGAAGAAAGAAUUAAAAUCUGCAUUGAAGGCAUUUGAAGAAGUGCUCCUUUUUGAUCCUAACAAUAAGAUGGCACGGCCCCGUCGAGAUGCAUUGAAGGAACGUGUAGCAAUGUACAAGGGAGUUCCUGUGAAAUCAAAGAAAGAGAGAUCUUGGAGGGAGUUGGCUCUGCCUAAAGGAUGUAGGCUACACAGAUUUUCUCAUCCUGCUUCUGCAAGGGGGGGAUUGCAUUGGGUGGCAUUCAAUUAUGAGCUUAACACACCUUGCAUCAUUUCGGUGCAUGUCACAAGGGAGGAAUUCAAAGAGAUUAAACUACUGAAAUUUGAAUCUUGUGAUCAAGCAACCGUCACCUUGGUGGGGUUGCAGGAAUUACUGUAUCUGGCGAACUCAUCGUUCAUCCCCAACACAUACCAGCUCGGUUCUACAUCCGUAUGGGUUCUAGAGGACGACGACGACGACAGUGGCUCAGUGAAACAUCACCAAGUUUGGACCAAGUUAUGCUACAUUGAAUGUGAUGAUUGUGAUGGUGGUCUAAAGGUUGAUAAAGUUGUUUCUUAUGAUACCAGCAUGCUCUUAGAUGUGUGGUCAAUGGUUAUCAACACAGAUAGAGAGAGAUGUAUGGGUUCUUUUUCUGAAAUCCAUGUUAAUAGUCUUGUGAGUUGGGAUGGAUGUGUGAAGAAACAUUAAAGAUAAGAUAUAAUAAACUUUCAAAUACAACAAUAUCAACAUCUUUCUUCUUGUGAGUA